AUGCAAAUGAAAACACAACAUCACAACAAAGUUUCAUUCGCCGUCGACACCACCACCGUCGACAACAUCAGUGGCCGACCAACCGCCGAGACCGACGACGACAACGACAGCACCAAGUUCGUCGCCGGCAAAAAAGCCAAAAACCGGCGAACCGCUUCCAGAGCCGACGACAAGCCCAGCAGAACCGUCGUCGGCAAAGAAACAUCGAACCGAAGCACGAACAAAAACACCAACCAGGGCGCCGAUACCAACGCUGCCUUCACAGGGCACCAGGAUACAGCAAUCGGACGCCGCGCAGAAAAGGAAGGCUAUCUUCCUAACGGCUUCGCCGCCUCCACCACCAGGGCGCUGAGGACGUGCCGCCGCCACGAUAUCAACCGGCAAGAAAUAGGCGCAAACAAAACCGACACGCCUGACAACAGGUCCACCACCAGCACCAGUAUCGGUAGUACCGCCAACAACAGCGAGGACAGCGAGGCUACCCGUAGCACCGUCACCGUUAGCACCGGCAGCAACAACUCCGCCGAGGCCAAGAAAAGUGGCCUCAAAGGAAAUGGCGAAGAAUCUAUCAAGGGCCAUAACAUCGGCAGAGGAGGCAACGACCCGACAACCCGAACAAGUGACGGCGGUCAGGCAACCACCAACCGAACCGUUACGCCUGAUCCCGUCGUCACUACCGCCACGGAUCCCGGUGGAGCUGCGUCCAGGAUUAAUCAUAGACGUCUCGCACUAUGCGAUACACGUAUCGAGACGACACCGGGUACGCAUACCAGAAGGCAGAUGGAUGCUCCGUUUUAA